GCCUUCUCCACAGCCCAAGUUUCCGAAUGACCUGUUAAUGCUGUUAUCCUUUGGACACAGCUAAUCAAGUCAUUCAGUUCAUUACCGCAGCCCAUGCUGUACCACGACAUGUCGAAGCUGAUGCUGCUACUGUCCUUCGCAUUACUACAAACCGCGGUAAUAACCGCGAAAACUCACGACAGAACAAAUGGUCCGAACUGCCAGAAUUUCUCCCAAGGAGUGACAUUCAACGACUCGGAGGCGAUUGGCACGUGGCACUUACUGCACUUCAUAACUGAGAAGGAAAAAGGCUCGGGUGACCCUCAUUGCGUUGAGUUUACCCCCGUCGAUGAACAGGAAAGAAACAAGCUACAAGAUCGCAUCGGUCAGUACGUUGAAAAUCUCAACUGGGAUACCAUUUCACUUAAGAUGGAAAUACCCUGCAAAAGCCUAAACAGCAAUAAAACCAGAGAUUAUUACUUGGAGAGGUUGGAGAGUAACGGAUCUUAUAGGACCCUACAAAUGCCACCUCCGUCAGCGAAGUUAGAUCUAUCGGAAUUCCACCGCUAUCCGAUGAGGCUGAAGAUCAUUGAAGGCCAAUAUCUCGGUAUGAUAGACUGUCAUGAGAAAUUCGUCUUCCUGCUUGGUAGACAACCGCCUGAAGGGAAAAAGGUUGACGAGAAAGUUAAAAAAAUUAUAGAAUCAUACUGGCCUGAAGAAUAAAAUACAUUAUACACUAAAACUAACUUUAUUAAUCGUGAAAUUUUAUAUUUAUUUCAAACAAUAAAUACUUAUACAGAAUUUUA